GGUGGUUUAUCAUCACCCUUUGAUUAAAAAGAAAGCUUCGUAUAUAAAUACCAUUUCUUCGUUUCUAGGGUUCUCUGAUUUUCUGAGCCAACAAGUAGCAGCGGCGCAUCAGUUGAACACGAUUCAAGCUCACGAUGGCAAGAAUUAAGGUUCACGAGCUGAGAGACAAGUCGAAGAGCGAUCUUCAGAACCAGCUUCAGGAUCUCAAGGCCGAGCUCGCUCUCCUCCGUGUCGCUAAAGUCACAGGAGGUGCUCCCAACAAGCUCUCCAAAAUCAAGGUUGUCCGAAAAUCGAUAGCUCAGGUAUUGACCGUGACAUCUCAGAAGCAGAAGUCUGCUCUCAGAGAAGCGUACAAGAACAAGAAGUUCAUCCCUCUCGAUCUCCGCCCCAAGAAAACACGUGCUAUCCGCAGGCGCCUCACCAAACAUCAGCUCUCGUUGAAGACAGAGCGUGAGAAGAAGAAGGAGAUGUAUUUCCCAAUCAGGAAGUACGCUAUCAAAGUUUAAUUCUAGCUUACAUACUCUGUUUCAGAUUUGUUUUUUAUGGACUUGUUCUUUUCUUGUGCUCUUGUGUCGAACAGUUUUUUGUUUAUCAACACUCUCUUUUCAUUAAAGAA